CGGCGGCGGCGGCCCGCUGUAUAUAUCUCCGCGCACCCCGCCAGGUCGCGCACAGCUCCCCGAGCCCAGGCGCCUCCCCGCCCCCUCCCCGCGCUCCGCGGCGGCGGCGGCGGCAGCAGUAGCAGCAAUAUGGCUGUUGAUGGGUGUUCGGGGUGGCGCUGGCGGCGGGAGGAGCUCCCCCGAGCCCCUGCGCCGGCUGCCCGUUGCUAGCUAUGGCAAAUGGUGGCGGCGACGGCGGCAGCAGCGGCGGCGGCGGCGGCGGCGGAGGCAGCACUCUUAGAAUGAGUAGCAAUAUCCACGCGAACCUUCUCAGCCUAGACGCGUCCUCCUCCUCCUCCUCUUCCUCCUCCUCUUCUUCCUCCUCCUCUUCCUCCUCGUCCUCGGUCCACGAGCCCAAGAUGGAUGCGCUUAUCAUCCCAGUGACCAUGGAGGUGCCGUGCGACAGCCGGGGCCAGCGCAUGUGGUGGGCUUUCCUGGCCUCCUCCAUGGUGACUUUCUUCGGGGGCCUCUUCAUCAUCUUGCUCUGGCGGACGCUCAAGUACCUGUGGACCGUUUGCUGCCACUGCGGGGGCAAGACGAAGGAGGCCCAGAAGAUUAACAAUGGCUCAAGCCAGGCGGACGGCACUCUCAAGCCAGUGGACGAAAAAGAGGAGGCGGUGGCAGCCGAGGUCGGCUGGAUGACCUCCGUGAAAGACUGGGCGGGGGUGAUGAUAUCUGCCCAGACGCUGACCGGCAGAGUCCUGGUGGUGUUAGUCUUUGCUCUCAGCAUUGGUGCACUUGUAAUAUACUUCAUAGAUUCGUCAAAGAGCCGCACUGCAGACUCUCUGAUCCCAAUAGAAUCCUGCCAGAAUUUCUACAAAGAUUUCACAUUACAGAUCGACAUGGCUUUCAACGUGUUCUUCCUUCUCUACUUUGGCUUGCGGUUUAUUGCAGCCAAUGACAAGCUGUGGUUCUGGCUGGAAGUGAACUCUGUAGUAGAUUUCUUCACGGUCCCCCCCGUGUUUGUGUCUGUGUACUUAAACAGAAGUUGGCUUGGGUUGAGAUUUUUAAGAGCUCUCAGGCUGAUCCAGUUUUCAGAAAUUUUGCAGUUUCUGAAUAUCCUGAAAACAAGUAAUUCCAUCAAGCUGGUGAAUCUGCUCUCCAUAUUUAUCAGCACGUGGCUAACAGCAGCCGGGUUCAUCCAUUUGGUGGAGAAUUCAGGGGACCCAUGGGAAAAUUUCCAAAACAACCAGGCUCUUACCUACUGGGAAUGUGUCUAUUUGCUCAUGGUGACCAUGUCCACUGUUGGUUACGGGGACGUUUAUGCAAAAACCACGCUCGGGCGUCUCUUCAUGGUCUUCUUCAUCCUCGGGGGACUGGCCAUGUUUGCCAGCUACGUCCCUGAAAUCAUAGAGUUAAUAGGAAACCGCAAGAAAUACGGGGGCUCCUAUAGUGCGGUUAGUGGAAGAAAGCACAUUGUGGUCUGUGGACACAUCACGCUGGAGAGCGUUUCCAACUUCCUGAAGGACUUUCUGCACAAGGACCGGGAUGAUGUCAACGUGGAGAUUGUCUUUCUUCACAACAUUUCCCCUAACCUGGAGCUUGAAGCUCUGUUCAAACGACAUUUUACUCAGGUGGAAUUUUAUCAGGGUUCAGUCCUCAAUCCACACGAUCUUGCGAGAGUCAAGAUAGAGUCAGCAGAUGCGUGCCUAAUCCUUGCCAAUAAGUACUGCGCAGACCCCGAUGCUGAAGAUGCCUCCAACAUCAUGAGAGUCAUCUCCAUAAAGAACUACCACCCGAAGAUAAGAAUAAUCACUCAGAUGCUGCAGUAUCAUAACAAGGCCCAUCUGCUAAACAUCCCGAGCUGGAAUUGGAAAGAGGGGGAUGAUGCAAUCUGCCUCGCAGAGCUGAAGCUGGGGUUCAUCGCCCAGAGCUGCCUGGCUCAAGGCCUCUCCACCAUGCUUGCCAACCUCUUCUCCAUGAGGUCAUUCAUAAAGAUUGAGGAAGACACGUGGCAGAAAUACUACUUGGAAGGAGUCUCAAAUGAAAUGUACACAGAAUAUCUCUCCAGUGCCUUCGUGGGUCUGUCCUUCCCUACUGUUUGUGAGCUGUGUUUUGUGAAGCUCAAGCUUCUGAUGAUAGCUAUUGAGUACAAGUCCGCCAACCGAGAGAGCCGUAUAUUAAUUAAUCCUGGAAACCACCUUAAGAUCCAAGAAGGUACUUUAGGAUUUUUCAUCGCAAGCGAUGCCAAAGAAGUUAAAAGGGCAUUUUUUUACUGCAAGGCCUGUCAUGAUGACAUCACGGAUCCCAAAAGAAUAAAAAAAUGUGGCUGCAAACGGCCCAAGAUGUCCAUCUACAAGAGAAUGAGACGGGCAUGUUGUUUUGAUUGCGGACGUUCUGAGCGUGACUGCUCGUGCAUGUCAGGCCGUGUGCGUGGUAACGUGGACACCCUUGAGAGAGCCUUCCCACUUUCUUCUGUCUCUGUUCAUGAUUGCUCCACCACUUUCCGUGCCUUUGAAGAUGAGCAGCCGUCAACACUGUCACCCAAAAAAAAGCAGCGCAACGGAGGCAUGCGGAACUCACCCAGCUCCUCGCCCAAGCUGAUGAGGCAUGACCCCUUGUUAAUUCCCGGCAAUGAUCAGAUUGACAACAUGGACUCCAACGUGAAGAAGUACGACUCUACUGGGAUGUUUCACUGGUGUGCACCCAAGGAGAUAGAGAAAGUCAUCCUGACUCGAAGUGAAGCCGCCAUGACCGUCCUGAGUGGCCACGUGGUGGUCUGCAUCUUUGGCGAUGUCACUUCAGCCCUGAUUGGCCUCCGGAACCUGGUGAUGCCACUCCGUGCCAGCAACUUUCACUACCACGAGCUCAAGCACAUUGUGUUUGUGGGUUCCAUCGAGUACCUCAAGCGGGAAUGGGAGACUCUUCAUAACUUCCCCAAAGUGUCCAUAUUGCCUGGUACGCCGUUAAGUCGGGCUGAUUUAAGGGCCGUCAACAUCAACCUCUGUGACAUGUGCGUUAUCCUGUCAGCCAAUCAGAAUAAUAUUGAUGAUACUUCGCUGCAGGACAAGGAAUGCAUCUUGGCGUCACUCAACAUCAAAUCUAUGCAGUUUGAUGACAGCAUCGGGGUCUUGCAGGCUAAUUCCCAAGGGUUCACACCUCCAGGAAUGGACAGAUCCUCUCCGGAUAACAGCCCGGUACAUGGGAUGUUACGUCAGCCCUCCAUCACAACUGGGGUCAACAUCCCCAUCAUCACUGAACUAGCUAAACCUGGCAAGUUGCCUUUGGUAUCAGUCAAUCAGGAAAAAAACAGUGGGACGCACAUUCUAAUGAUAACUGAACUGGUGAACGAUACUAAUGUUCAGUUUUUGGACCAAGACGAUGACGAUGACCCCGACACAGAGCUGUACCUCACGCAGCCGUUUGCAUGUGGGACAGCGUUUGCCGUCAGCGUCCUGGAUUCACUCAUGAGUGCGACAUACUUCAAUGACAACAUCCUCACCCUGAUACGGACCCUGGUGACCGGAGGAGCCACGCCAGAGCUGGAGGCUCUGAUCGCCGAGGAGAAUGCACUGCGCGGGGGCUACAGCACCCCCCAGACGCUGGCCAAUAGGGACCGCUGCCGCGUGGCCCAGUUAGCACUGCUGGACGGGCCCUUUGCGGACCUGGGGGAUGGUGGUUGUUAUGGUGAUCUGUUCUGCAAAGCUCUGAAAACAUAUAAUAUGCUUUGUUUUGGAAUUUAUCGGCUGAGAGAUGCUCACCUCAGCACCCCCAGCCAGUGCACGAAGAGGUAUGUCAUCACCAACCCCCCGUACGAGUUUGAGCUCGUGCCGACGGACCUGAUCUUCUGCUUAAUGCAGUUUGACCACAACGCCGGCCAGUCCCGGGCCAGCCUCUCCCAUUCCUCCCACUCGUCCCAGUCCUCCAGCAAGAAGAGCUCCUCCGUUCACUCCAUCCCAUCCACAGCAAACCGACAGAACCGGCCCAAGUCCCGGGAGUCCCGAGACAAACAGAAUGCAACAAGGAUGAAUAGAAUGGGCCAAGCAGAAAAGAAAUGGUUUACAGAUGAACCGGAUAAUGCCUAUCCCAGAAACAUUCAAAUCAAGCCCAUGAGUACCCACAUGGCUAACCAGAUCAACCAAUAUAAAUCCACAAGCAGCUUGAUUCCACCAAUCAGAGAAGUUGAAGAUGAAUGUUGACUCCCAGGAGACCAGAACUAUUUUUUUUAAAGCCUGACAAACUUCAUAAAUGGUGACGUGACUUUUCUUCCUCUUACAUGCUGAAUCACUGGUGGAAACGUUAGGAUAAGCAAGAAUUGCAAGAAAAAUAAAGUAGAUAGAUCUUUCUCUUUGCCUUGAAUAUUGCUUCCAUGUAUUUUGGAGAAGAAAAUGAUUUCAUUUAUAUAUGAACAUACUAAAAUAGUCAUGUAUAGCCUCUAGCAUUUUAAAUUAUUUUUAUUUAUUAGAAGGAAAAUAUAUUUUUUCUUUUUUUUCCAUUGUCAUAUAUAUAUUCCCUAUAUCUAACAAUGCAAACUCAAAAGGAAUGUGGCCAGACUCCUUAUGCAUAGUUCUCUUCUUCCUCUCUUUUUCUUUGAGGAGAAUGAUGGUCACCACCACAGUUAAUUAUAAUUAAGGGAAAUGGAUUAUUAAUACAACUUUAAAAUGGUCCAAUAAUGUAAACAUGUAUUUUAGUAAAUUUAAAAAAGAAGACAAAAGAGGGCAGGUGAAUUUCCUAGAUGGGUAUGUAUUUUGGCUGUACUGACACCAGCUCUUAAUAAAUGGAAAGUUACUUAUUUUCGAAAGUCAUAUUUUUGUAGUUUUAGUUUUCAUCCUGUAUUUCUCACCUUUUGUUCAUAUAUUUAAAGGGAAGACCUUCUUGCAGCUUUUCUACAAAUGCCAGAUCGGGUUUACCCUGCCAACUAACAAUACCAGAGGGUUGUGAGCAUGCCUGGGACGUGGAAGUUGAGGACCAGAUGCACAGAAGACAUUUAUUUCUCUGUUUGUUGUCCUAAUGGUGGGGACUCCUUCCUACAUGCUGUUAUGCUUCUCAUUUCAUAUCUCCAAAUCAACCAAGCAGUAAUUGCAACUUUGGAAAGGUCUGGUAGACUCUCUCCCCAUUCCCCAAGUCCAGGGCUUUUAGCCUGAAAGUUUGUAAACACCAAUGAAUAGUUUUACUUAACGAUAGGAUAUAUAACACAUUCAUGCUAUUCACUGAGUUUUUGUGUAAAAGCCAGAAAAGUUCCAUGAUCCAGGAGAUGACUUUUACCCAGAUCUAAAUUUUGCAGGCUUUCCUUUAGUUGCUGGGACAAAACACACAAACUUGUUACAGCAACCUAAAAAAUAAUAACAACAAAAGGACAGCAAUGAAUUCACUUAAUAUAGACCGUUAGAAAAAGCCUUUGAAAAUUAACCAGGAAUGAAAUCUAAUGUAUCAGCCACUUCAAACUGUGGUCAAAAAGAUUUUUCUAACCAUCAGACACAAUUCCGACGUCUCCGAGCUCUGCUGUUGCUUGCAUGCUCAGUGUAACGGUGUCCCAGCAAUUGUUCCAUUCCAAAUGAUUUUCCACUUCAAAAUGAUCAAUCUUUGACAGAAACAUCAGGAUCUCUGGAGCAGCAUGGAUGUGAUAGUGAUUUUUAUUUUCUUAAAAAUGUAAACUCUGGACACUUGAAGGAACCAAACUAACCAGAAUAUCCCCCAAAGUCCCAUGCUAUCUAUUCCAUUAGGCCAUGACCCUGUGGUACGUAGGAUGUCACAGCAAAUCAGAUCAGAGCCAAGCAAUGAAAUCAUCAUGAAAACAUAGGUCCACUAAGUACUCCAAUUACCAACGUAGGCAAAAUGAGCUUCCACCUCUGUCCCGUCCCUGCAGAGCCAAUGUAGUUGUGUUUCCACCUUGUAGGCGUCGUCCUAAAGUGACUUGUCAGACUGUGGUUACCCUGUCGUCACAUUUUUGUAGAAUUAGUUCUAUAAAGGUAUCGUGAAUAUAACGUAUGUCCAACUGGAUUGUUUAAAAAUUACUUAUAAUCAAUCACUAGUCUACUCAGCAGACUAAACUGACGUCAGCAUUCUCUUCAGGCUGAUAAACAUUUCCUGGUUUCCAACAGAAGUAAAAUGGCUUUGUGGGGCGAAACCCUUGCUGAGAGUUGACAACUUUCCUGAAAGCUAGGCCUUCUUCUACAUAACGAUUUUGUAUUGGGUUCACCUUAGUACAUUCUUAGUACAUCAAUCCACGCUCUUCUUUCCUUCAUGAACCCUAGUGGGUUCCUGAUAACUUGAUAACCAUUUCUGAAUCUGUCUUAACUGUUUGGUCUCCUCUGGCAGGCACUGGUGGCCACCACCUAAAUGCUCUUCCAUUAGAGGAAGUUAGGUCACGGUGUCCCAUGCCUGCUGCCCUCUCUUCCCCAUCUCUCCAAACCAAUGCACAUUGGAAACAGAAGUACAAACUCCAUGCCCUUUAUGGCUAGAGAUUUGAAUCUAAGCUUUUUUUUUUUUUUUUAAACCAAAAUGGCUAAGAUAGUUUCCUGGAGCAAGGGCUCCCCUCCAAAAACCAAUUGGCAGGAAUCCAUUUUCUUCUAAGGUAGAGCAAGGUUGUGCUGUUUUGCCUUUGUAAUAAUGAAUUGUUUGGGGCCAGAAAAUGAAAUAAGGCAUUUUUUAAAGGGAGUACACAAAACGACUGGCUGGUGGCUCCUUUGGCAAAAACUGGUACCCAGUAGACGGAAAGUGAAAUGGAAACAGAAACGAGAUCGUAAGAUCAUUGAAGGGCUUGAAGGAAUGCCAAAGCUUCCUGAUUUGUUUCUAUUUGUUGAGCCCUCUGGCCCUGAGGGAAUCCUCACCUCACCACGCUCUGACAGACCUAUCUUCCUGGCUACGUUCAGCACAGACCAACGCUGGCCAUCGUUGGUAUAGUCCAUGUUAUAAGGCUCUGAGGUCCCACCCCAGUUUAGGAUUCCAGAGAAGCCAUUUUCCCAAAUUAGUAACUCAAGUGCUUUGGGAAUCACACUCACCAACAGGCUAUUUUAAAAGCAGAAGCACCUACUGAUAAAAGCAUCGUCACCAUCAUCAUCUUUCUCAUUAAGAAAACUUUGGCUUUCAUCUGAGCAAUUUUAUACUUUAAAAUAGCCCCUUGAACCAAGAUAAAACACCUUCAAUAAAAGUGGUUGUGACUAAGGCAUGUUGGAGAACACCCAGAAGCUCUUUCCUUCCAAAGCUUGGGGCAUCUUAUAAUGUACUUUGUAUAAAAUUUAAUUGAGGACUUUAAAUAAACAGGGAAUUAGAACUGUUUGGUUAGGAUUAGAAAGGGAGAAAGUGAGAAGGCAUAAGAACAUUGGGGAUAUUUUCAUGUUGAAAAGCGAAGAGUCCAAGUUUCCUGCUAUGGUUUAAUACGAGGGUUCACAAGCUACAUCUGCAAAUAACUAGCUAUCCACUUCGAAAAUGUUCUUUCAACUCUCUGAGUCUCAGUGACCUCAUUUGUAAAUGAAAGUGAUUCAUCUAGGUGACUCUAAGGUCCCUUUCAGAUCUGAGAGGAUGUGCUCUGAGUUAAAAGGAGGGGGGAGCAUGGGAACAAGGCAAGCCCCUGGAGACAGUCUUGUCCUGUGCUAGAAUAAUGGUCCUUCUUGCUGCACCACCCAAGCAGUCCUCCUGAGGGUAGUGCCUUUUCUGCUCUGGACACAUAGCAGCUAUGUUCAUUCCUCUGCUUUACAUUGGGAGUCUCCUUAGGUUCAAAACGCAAAUUUCACAAUUCAAACUCACCUGAAUCAUGUUGAUCUGAUUUUUCUGUGUGUUCCUAGGGUUUUCUUCUCAAUCUCAUCCUGGCCUGCGUUUUUUAUUGGCUCAAGGCUCAAUUUCCAUCAAUCCCUUCAUUUCUAACCCAUAUCUCCCAUCUCCAAUAUGUAGUUGGAGGCUCACAACCCCCAGAUUUCUGCAGUUUUCCUCAUUUUUAUUUCCGCAUGUGGAUCUGGGCACUAGGAAGGUACCAGUCUUACUUCUCACUUCAUUUCCCAUCCUCUGUUUAUUUGAUUUUUUUCCUUUCAUCAGUACAACAACUAUUUCUUUGCUACUUACAUUCAUAAGUCUAAUUUUCAUCUACCAUUUUUCUUUGUCAAAGAGAAUCUCAGUUUAGAAAAAAGGAAGGAAGAGAGGUAGAAAGAGAGAAAAAAAUUUAAACCAAUUGUGACGUGAGUCACCUUACUUAUAGACGACUAAACACAUCAUUCAAAUUGGACAUGGAAUUCCAGUGCAGAAUCCGUCCAUUUACUAUGGGGAGCAGAGGGAAAGUAAGAUGAGACUUCAGACAAGGGGCUAGAAAGUAAAUUGUCUUAAGGGCCAAGCUAAGAGGUUGAGGCUUGCUCUAGAAACUCAUGGAAAGCCACUAGAUGUUUUAAACAAAAAGUGACAAACACCAAUAUCUGUGCAUUUUUUAGGUUGUAUAUUUUGCGAAGUCAGUUCUUCCUGGAAGUCAUCAAGAGCAGAUAUGCAGAGUUGACCAUUUUUCUCAGCAGCAUGGAGUUCUCAAGGGUGCAAACUCCAAGUCCACAACUCAGCACAUGAAGUCCUACCUUCCUCAAAUAAAUGUUAUAGAUCCUACUACUUGUAGAAGGUCAAAUGGCAGGGUAGGGGCUGGUGUGGGGGCUGCUUUGAGGGCUGGCUGUUGGGGUCAUUGGCUGUAGUUCUGGAAAAGGUUCUUUGUGAAAGGAACACUUAAUUGGGACCUCAAUUGAGGAACCCUGUGGAGCAAUAGGAACGAAUGCAGGGCAGCUGAGAACUGUUGUGUUAAUUAGUUCAAAGUGGAAGAAGCUGAGUGUGAUCUAUAAAGGCAGGCUUUUCAGACAAAAGGCAAGGAGAAAGUGGAGCUGAGAGGAGGGCUACGGAAGGUCCUGUGGAUUUGGACGUCAGAGCCACAGAGGUAUGUACACAGUGGGGUGUAUGGCUGGGUUCUCCAAAGGAGGAAGGGUACGUGUGGAAGAUUUUUUGAAGGCAGAAAAACAUGGGGGCUACAACCAUAUUUUUUCAAGGGCUAAAAGGAGCAAAAUAAGUAGGUACUCCUGGAAAAGGAGACCUAGGGUACUCCAGAAUCAGAAAAACGGGAAACCAGAGACGGAAACUUUAAGAGAGAGGUUGGAAAUGAAGGUGUUGGAGAUGGUGACUCAGAAGUAAAAGGACUCACUUGAAGAGGGCAGGGACUUUGCUCGUUUGUUUUAUCUCCAGAGCUUGUCACGAGGCCUGGCUCUGGGUGGGCAGUCAGUUGUUACUUUGGAUGCCGUAGGCAAUGGAGGUUGGCUAAGACUUCUAGGUCACUGGAACUCUUCCUGGAGAAGGAUCAGAAGAGAGGGAUCUUGAGGUGCACUUUUUCUUUCGCCUCCCUGUUCACGUCAUUCCAUUGUUCCUCAUCUCCACACACUGGCGGCUUUGGUUUCAGCAUUCCUAAAACAAAUGCAACAAUCCCUUUGCUUUAUGGCUUUUCUGGGCAGGCAGCAUGAGGAGAGAGGGUUUUUGGCUUUGGUGAAAAUCAAUCUUAAUUUCUAGGUAGAUUUCAAAUUUCAAAAGCUUUCCUUUGGUCUGUUUUUCCCCUCGAGGACUUCUGUGUUUCUUCUCCUCCACCUUGCUAUUCAGCAGAACAAGGACAAAAGUGACACCAAAGUGCUCCAGCGUGCCUGCCUUAGGAAGCUUUCCUGGGCCCGCUGUUCAGAAUCUUAGAUGGAAAUGUCCACACGGCACCGUCAUACGCCCGCCAGAGCAAACUAGAGCGUCCGUUACAUGGGGUUCAGGGUCAGUGUGAGAAAGGCAGCCAGCAGGUAGGGGAGCCCUGCCAACAAAGUUGAUGGAGCCCCACUUCCACACUAAACCAAAGCCCCCCUGCCCCAGAGCAGCCUGCUCCCCUCCCUUCCUUCCGCUGAGCACAGCCCGAGACACAUUUGACCAGAACUGCAACAUUUCAAACAUGAACCAAGGUCUGCCUGGAAAUCCUAAUUAAAAGUGUUCCAUUCCCAGGUGACCCAAUCACAUCCUGCCUAAAACUCCUGGCCCACAUCCCACCACCCAGAUGCUGAAAAGAAACCUUCCCCCACUUAACACCAAAACCUGCCCUCAAUGUUUCUUCAGGGGACAAAGAAAAAAAAAAAACUAUGCUUAUAUAGAAG